UAAGGCGCGGCCGCCGCAGCUGCGGCAGUGCGCCCUACAGCGGACUCCGAGCGACGAGCAGCCCUCGGCGAACCCUCGCUCUCGACCACCCACCCAGCGCUCUCGGAACCAUGGCGGCAGUGGCAGCAGCCUCAGCUGAGCUGCUCAUCAUCGGCUGGUACAUCUUCCGCGUGCUGCUGCAGGUGUUCCUGGAAUGCUGCAUUUACUGGGUAGGAUUCGCUUUUCGAAAUCCUCCAGGGACCCAGCCCAUUGCAAGAAGUGAGGUGUUCAGGUACUCCCUGCAGAAGCUGGCGUACACCGUGUCGCGGACCGGGCGGCACGUGCUGGGGGAGCGCGGGCCCAGAGCCCCCAACUGAGGUCCCAGCUCCCACCCCUGGGCGGCCACACCAUCAGAUGCUCCUGUGCAUCUCAGCUAGCAUGGGAGCCAGUGCCGCACAGGAAUGGGGGGUCCCCCGUGUUCCCCUGUCAGAGGAGCACUUGGCGGGGUCAGUGAGGGGCCGGUAGGCCCCCGGAGAAGCAGUACCGACAAUGACGACAAUACCAGAUCCCUUCCCAACCCCUUUGCCCCAUCCCACUGCGGGCCAUGGUGGGGGAGGAGGGGGAAUGGGGGAGCAGACCCCUGAGAUCCGGGCAUAGGCACCACAUUCUGAUCUGGACCAAGUCGGGACAGCACCAUCCCAGCCCCGCAGCCACGGCCAUGCCAGCAGGCCGCACCACGGAGAUCCAGACACCACACCAGCCAGCAGAAUGGACAUCCCGACAUCGCCAGCCGAAGCCUUGAAUCUCGGUGCAGCAGAGAACACCAACUGCGUGCCUGUGUGGCGGGACUGGAGGGCGCGGGUGAGAGGGGAGGAGGGUUAAGAAAUGGAGUGGGGCCCUCUCACUGUCCCUUGCCUAUGGCAUGUGCAUUCCAACAUUGCUGCCUAUGCUCCCUCAAUCCCCUCAUUGCCUCCCAAGCCCACCCCACCCCAAAGAGAUGUGUCACUUGAUUCGGACCUAUUCAACCAGUAAAUGAAUCCCAUCUUUACUAAAACUGAAACGCCUUCUCCGAGCCCCCGGCCUCUCACUGAUCUUGCUUCCCUGGUUUCACGCAGUUGUGGUCAAUAUUGUAAUCGCUAAUUGUAACAAUUGUUUAGGUGUGCUUUAGUAGUGUCUCCCCAGCUAGAUUGUAAGCUCCUGAAGGACAGGGACCACCUCCAGAAAAAAAUAAAAAAAGUACCUCCCCCAUCUCGCACAGUGUCCCAGGACCCUGCGGGGUGGUGGAGGCGCACCAAAAAA